AUGUUGGCUCGGAAAACAGUGUUGGAGCAACUCACAGAUGAGGCGAUUCUUGGAGUCACUCCUGGUUUGGCGACAGUGUAUUCGGUUGAAGCAGGGCUACGUGUUCACGAUACUGGGAAGGGAAUUGAUCAGAAUGGGAGUGUCGCGCAUUACAAGAACUUAUUCGACGCUGACCCGGGCGGAGGUCUUGUCAUUUGGAUGGAACAUAGUGAGUGA